GAUGAGGCGGAGAUGCCCCAGGCAGCCCUCAAGGGCUGACUUUCUCUGGAAACAAGCCGUCACCUACCAAUGUGAAACAUAAACUAAUCAAUAGAAAUAUCUCUGCUCAAAGUUCAGACCUGUACUAGUUUGACCAGCCAUCUUGCAUGUACCUUGGGGGCACCGAAAAGCGAAAACGAUAUUUAAAUCAUGUUUAAUGUUCACCUUUGGUUGUAGACCCUUUCUUCUCUAGUUUGGUAGAUUCUCAACAAGUCUCGAUUUCCACGGAAAACCCAUCACUGUUCGUGUUUGUUUUGUAGAUUUUCUGGGAACAUUUUCAGGAAAGAUUAGGUUUCUAAGCCUGCUCUGGUCUCUGCUUUGAGUUUGAUCAAAGGUGAUGAGAGCGUGGUAAGGAAAAAUGUCAGCGAAGGCCUUGGACCCAAAGAGAUUGGCUGAAGCUUCCAUAAAAUCUAUUGGACUGGGAUACGAUCUCACAAAUGAUCUCAAGCUCAGAUCCUGCAAAAUAAAUUCUUCUGAUCCAAUAUUAAUUGCUAUAGACAAGUACCCAGCUCGGACCGUUGAGCUCCCGAACGGAGUUUCAUUCUCAAAUGUCCCCAAAUCAAUUAAAUGUGAUAAAGGGGAGCGUAUGAGAUUAUGCUCCGAUGUCCUCACUUUUCAGCAGAUGUCUGAGCAGUUCAAUCAGGAGCUAUCACUAUCUGGUAAGAUUCCAUCGGGGUAUUUCAACGCUGCAUUUGAAUUAUCAGAGGCCUGGCAGAAAGAAGCUGCAAAUACAAAAAGUCUUGCUUUUGAUGGCGUAUCCAUAACCUUGUACAACGUUGCAUUAGAGAAAACCCAGGUUGUUCUUCGUGAACAUGUCAAACAGGCUGUCCCGUCAUCAUGGGAUCCGGCUGCGUUGGCAAGAUUCAUUGAGAAGUUUGGAACGCAUGUCAUAGUUGGGGUGAAAAUUGGGGGAACUGACAUAAUAUAUGCAAGGCAGCAAUUCUCAUCUUCUGUCCAACCCACGGAUGUGCAGAAAAAAUUGAAAGAGAUGGCUGACAAGUUCUUUGUAAAUGGUGCUGGACGAUAUUACACAAACGAUGAAAAAUUUAAUCAGAAGGAAAAGUUUUUGAAAGAGAAUGUGCUGGGUGUGACAGUUGCAUCUAGUUCCUAUUACUCUCUUGAGUUGCAGGAUAUUAAGUUCAUGGGCAGAAGGAAGGGUGGGAGAAGAGAAAGAAAUUUGACCCACGCUGAGUGGUGCCAAACUGUUCCAUCGCAACCUGAUGUGAUCUCAAUGUCAUUUAUACCAAUCACAUCUUUACUUAGUGGAGUUAAUGGGAGUGGAUUUUUAACUCAUGCUAUAAACCUCUAUCUCCGCUAUAAACCCCCGAUUGAAGAACUGCAUCAAUUUUUGGAGUUCCAGCUUCCACGACAAUGGGCUCCAAUUUUUGGAGAGCUUGCCCUUGGUCCUGAUAGAAAGCCACAAACUAUGGCAUCUUUGCAAUUCAGUUUCAUGGGUCCUAAGCUCCAUGUAAACACAACGCCGGUUGAUGUGGGCGAGAAACCUGUCACGGGCCUUCGAUUAUAUUUAGAAGGGAAAAAAAGCAAUCGCCUGGCAAUCCAUUUGCAGCAUCUUUCAUCACAGCCUCAGACAUUCCUGCUUGAAAAUGAUAAGAAUGGGAAUGUCUUGAACGCCACGUUGGAACGCAAGUACUUUGAGAAGGUUCAAUGGAAGAGUUUCUCCCAUGUGUGCACAGCCCCAGUUGAACCAUAUGAGGAUACCUCCAUAGUUACCGGUGCAUGCUUUGAAGUCAGAGACCAUGGCCUGAAGAAAGUUCUAUAUCUCAGACUUAAGUUUGCCAAAGUCAUCGGCGCAACCAGUGUCAGAGCUGCUGACUGGGACGGUUCACCCGGCUUGACUCACAAAUCCGGAAUGAUCUCAACCCUGAUCAGCACUCGCUUCUCAUCCGCACAGAAACCGCCACCUAGCCCAGCCGAUGUGCACAUAAACUCUGCUUUAUACCCUAAUGGACCUCCUGUGCCUACUCAAGCACCAAAGCUGUUGAAGUUUGUUGAUACUACAGAGAUAACUAGAGGACCACAGGACUCACCAGGCUAUUGGGUUGUGUCUGGGGCAAGGCUGUUAGUGGAGAAUGGUAAAAUAUCACUGAAAGUGAAGUACUCUCUUUUAACUGUUAUUCCACCCGAUGAAGAGGGUGGAAGCUAUUGAGAAUUUUACACUGUGAGACGCAGAUAGCUUUUGUAUAUAGUACAAGUGUCUGAUUCUAUUCCAUUGUACAUUUUCAAAUUUUUAUGUGUUCAUUAUAGGUUAUUGCUUGAUAUUUCUCGUUGCCAUUAUUUGUAAACUUCAGAUGAAGAUUUUUGUGGGGUUCCUUAAUGUAAUUAUGGCCUGCUCAUAUUUUUGAUUC